CUAUUGUUCAAUAUCACCUCCUAAUCGUGAAAAUGUCAGUACUACUAGACAAUCAGAACCAUCCACACACUUCUUCUAUGCCAAGUCACCACUUCCACCAACAACAGAUAGCAAUUCGGACCGCCUCACCAGCCCAAAACUCCGUUCAUCUCGGGUUGCCUUCCCAGCCGAAAUUUCCACCGAGUAGUCACUGUCGCCGCUCGCUUAAUGAAGGGAAUACAAAUCAGGUACUCUCCCCGACCGUAGAAAUCUUCUUCCUCUUCUUUUCUCUUUUGUCUUACCCUGCCAUUCCCCUCCUUUUAGUCCCACUCAGCACCCCAGAUAACUCAGAAGCUGCCCCCCCCUAAAGCCCUCCAGGCGAUCAAUGGUGGACUGCAAAGUGUGAAACGCGUUCGAGAAGCCGAUCUCCAGCCGCGUCAUUGGCGCUACGUCGGACGCCUGUCGAGCUAGAACAGGAGAGAAGCUCCACUUUCGCCCCCCAG